AUGGUCAAAUCGAGUAUUGUCGUCCCACCUCAGGCAACAGGUGGUAUUUCUCGUAAAAGACUGCCUCAAGACAGCCAAGGAGCUGAAAUUCCAGCAGAGGUAUAUUUUGAAGAAAAGCCAAAACGACCACGCCUUCAACUUAAUACAGACGGAAAUCAACGCAAUCAGCGAUUAUUUGGAGUUCUUCUCGGAACACUUAACAAGUUUAAAGAUGAUAGCGAGAAUAAAAGUGAUGCGGAAAAGAAACGAUUGGCGAUUGAAAGCAAGUUACAAGAAAAACUAGCGAAUGAGAAAAAAGAAAUUGGAGAAGAAAUACAAGCAGAGCGAGAACAAAAACAGCAGGCAAUAGAAGCGCGGAAGAGGCAAGCCCAACGUGCAUUGGAAGAGAAGAGAGAAAGCGUAGUGUUGCGGCAACAUAAAAACCAGGCACACUUCUUGAUGACGAAAACGAGUCCUUCGCUGUGCUACCUACCAGCAACCCUUACCGAGAAAGAUAUAGCUAUUUUAGAAAAACAGAGUAAUCUAGCAAAAGUAGCGCAAGAAGAAUUUGAAGGACGUCAACAAGCACGCACUCAAGAUGAUAUCAAGGAUAGCACUCUGGUACAAAAGGACACAUCCGAAGUUCCCUCGCCGUCUGUGGCACCUUCAGAAGCCAUUGACGAGUAA